CCACUGCCAACCACACACGUGAAGUAUUGCUGUUGCUCUGGUCACUUGUUGCUCGAUGGAACCGCAAUUUAGCUUCCACCAGCCUUGCACCACUUUCAAAGAUCCAUCUCAAAGUCUGAGUUCAAACCUCUAUCCAGUUCAGCCGACUCCCGACAACAUUCACGCAGAGAAGGCAGCUGACAAGCAUGAGCUAAAACGAGAGAAAACUGCGCUCAGACCGUCGUCAAUCACGCCAGACACCCGUGAGACCGAAAUCAAGGCAGAGGACAGCGCUCCAUCUGUCGUUAAACGAGAAUUUCGAAUGGAGGAGACUGACGACAGACAAGAUGAUAGCAAAAGGGUUUCAUUGGAUCAGAUUGAAGCUCCUGGGCUAGAAGGCGUCACUCUUCAAGAUAUUCUGGAUAUGAUGCUGGAACUUCCUGCGGACGUUACAGCGUUGUGGUUGCAAAAUGGAACCAGCGAUGGGACGGUCGGUGCUCAAACGAGCAAUGCGUCUGAAGCGCCUUUGGAGGCUGAUGAGCGGCAAAUAAAGGAGGAAGCGGUAAUGCCGUAGCGAGGAUGUCCCGAUUCUGGCGCAAUGGUCCAGCCAUUCGAGCAGAUGGCCCACUAAAAUGAAUGAGAGAGGUUUAGAGGAAGUAACUGUAUUGAACUGAGUCGGAAU